AUGUUGCAAAGAAACGUGCCGCUUGGGCUGCGAGUGGCGAGGCGCUCGCUAUGGAAGCAAGGGGCGUUGCGCAAGGGGCAGCGUUUUGAUGAGGCCGAGAUGAUGGCAGAGCAGCUGAACCAUGGCACAUACAAGGCCAAGCGCAGCAAGCUGGACUACCAGUGGAGUGACAAAUCGCCGCGCCAACUGGAGCAGGAGUAUGCGGACAAGGUGGAGAAGAUGCAGAAGCUGAUGGCGGUGUUCCAGGGCCUGGCGGUGGUCGUCGGGAUCGGAGUAGCAGGCACGGUGUAUCUUCAAUGGCCGCAGAUCAAGGGCUGGAUUCUAGCGCGCGACCGGCGGGUGGACGACAACACGCUUGAGCGGCUGAAGGAGAUCAAGCGCAAGAAGGAGCUGCGCGGGAUCCCCGAGAUCCCGGUGACGGCGCCGCAGCCAGGAGAGCCCGGGCUCUACUACUGGGGCGCGCGGCUGGGCGAGGACGCUGGCUCCACGCGGUUCCCGUUGCGGGUGCCGGGGUUUGAGGGCGAGCGGCUGCGGGAUGUGGCGCUGGCAGAGGAGGGUUGCAACUUGGCAAUCGACCGCCGCGGCGACUUGUAUGCGUGGACUACGCGUUCGCGCGAGCUUCUGCUGCCGGGUCAGGACCUUUGCCAGGUGCAGAUAUCCAACGGUGUUGCCUACGGCCUGCGCGGCAACGGCGACCUGCUAGUGAUCCCAUACACGGACCGCGCCCGGCUGGCGGAGCAUGCCAGCUGGCGCCGUUCGCUGUUGAUGCCCUGGAGCCGCUACUGUGUGUACGACUGGAAGGUGGACAGCGGCUUGCUGGCCCGCGGCGAGAAACGGGUAGUCAAGUUUGCGACGGGCAAGCGGCACCUGGUGGCCGUGACCGACCGCGGCCACGUCUAUACCUGCGCGACGGGGCUGGAAAACGACGCGGGAGCCACCUCGUGCGGCCAAUUCGGAGUGCCAGAGUACUCCAAGUUUGACGGCGCCCCGCCGGUCAACCAAUUACUGGAGGUCGAACUUCUGAACAAGACCAUUGCCCCCGAUGGGCAGCUGGUCGAGCGCACCAUCACCCACAUCGCCUGCGGCAACUACCAUACGCUGGCUAUUGACAGUAAAGGCGAGCUGUACGCCUUCGGCGCCAACACGUACGGCCAGUUGGGGCUACCUGUCACGUACGACCUCGAGACCGUGCCGUUCCCGCGCCGCAUCGCCAACUUCGGCGCGCACUUCAUGUCCGGCGCUGCGCUGCGCUGCGUCGACAUACACUGCUGUGGCGAGACGUCGUUCGUCAGCGUCGUGCCCCAGACCGGGGGCGCAGACAUGCCCCAGCAGCUGACGUACUUCUCCUUCGGCAACGGUAUCUGGGGCCAGCUGGGCAAUGGCCGCUUUAAGCACUCGCAGAACGAAGCCACUAAGCUCAAGGCCGUGAACGGCAUCUACGACCACCCCGAGCGCGACGUCAAGCGCCGCGUCAAGAUCGCUACGUGGGCGUGCGGCGACCACCACGUCCUCUGCUCACUGGACAACGGCGACGUCCUGGCAUGGGGCUAUAACGACCGCGGCCAGCUCGGCAACGGCCGAGGCGUCAAGUGGGCCCAGCCGCAGAACGUCCCCGCGCUGCUCGCCCCCGGCGUCAACUACGCGCGCGACCCGGAGGGCACCCUGUUUGCGCCCAACAACCGCAUGCAGCUCCUACCGGACCAGCGCCUGGCUGCGGGCCCCGCCGCCUCAUGUAUAUACUGGCAGGCAUAG